GGACCGCCCCUUCCCCAUCAUACUGGGGUCCAUCAUGCGGGUGCUGACUGACCAGGUGUUCUACCCCUUCGAGGUCACCCCGCUCUACCUGGGCGACCCCGCCCGCAAUACCAGCGCCUCCCCAGCGCUGGGAGCCGGCUUCGUGGAGCCGCUGGGGUUCAACAGCGCCCCGCCGGAUACCCGGCCCGUAGGGGGGCAGGCGGUGGGACUGCAGGGCGCAGUGAACGUCACACCCUCCAUGCUUGUGCCGCUGUCGACCUUUGUGGGCAUCUCCUCCAGCUUCGUGGCGCAGGGUGUGCGCCCG